AUGGAUAGAGGCAUGGAUGGAGGCAUGGAUGGAGGCAUGGAUGGAGGCAUGGAUGGAGGCAUGGAUGGAGGCAUGGAUGGAGGCAUGGAUGGAGGCAUGGAUGGAGGCAUGGAUGGAGGCAUGGAUGGAGGCAUGGAUGGAGGCAUGGAUGGAGGCAUGGAUGGAGGCAUGGAUGGAGGCAUGGAUGGAGGCAUGGAUGGAGGCAUGGAUGGAGGCAUGGAUGGAGGCAUGGAUGGAGGCAUUGAUGGAGGCAUGGAUGGAGGCAUGGAUGGAGGCAUGGAUGGAGGAAUGGAUGAAGGAUUGGAUGGAGGCAUGGAUGGAGGCAUGGAUGGAGGCAUGGAUGGAGGCAUGGAUGGAGGCAUGGAUGGAGGCAUGGAUGGAGGCAUGGAUGGAGGAAUGGAUGGAGGAUUGGCUGAAAGGUUUGUACGGAUGAAGGAAGCGGAGGCUGCUGGUUUCUGGAAGAGAGCGGUGCUGGUUGGUGCUGAUUGGCAUGAUGCGGCGGUGGGGGUUGUGGGGCGACGCCAGGUGUGCUGCCAGCAGAGACAGCUGGAAACCGUUCAGCCAAUCAGCAGGUGCCAUGUGGCGCUUGGUGCCGUACCGCUGGCGAGCCCAGACCUGCCGGGUGAUAGGUGA